AUGGACACGGACGACUUUCACGACGUCUCCCACUCCCUCUCCCACUCCCAAGGCGGCGUAUCUGACCCCCUUGUCGAUACAGAGUAUGCGCGCUUACAGCAGCGCUACACCGAUGCCGGAUACCGCGAAGGUAUAGGCGAAGGCAAGCUCUCAACUCUCCAGUCGGGCUUUGACGAGGGCUUCGCGACAUCUGUCCCGCCCGCCCGGACUGUCGGCCAACUGCGCGGCCGCGCGGCGGCUCUCCUGGCCAUUGCGCUCUCCCAAGAGCCCUCCCAAGAGUCCUCUCACGAGUCCUCUCAAGAGGUGCAAAGCCUGCGCGCACUGGUGGCCGAUCUAGCUGCCGUACGGCGUGACGACGUGCUUGCGCCCGAUCACGAGGCUGUGGCGCACGAGGCGGAACAUCAUGAUGCCGACGACUAUGCGUUCGAGUAUGAUCGGAACGAGCGGCGGGAUAUGGAGGGGUUGGAGCGGGGCAUGGAGGGGAUCGGGGGACGCAAGGAGGGAUUGAGGGAGGAGGCCCUGUUGGCGUCCUUGGAGACGAGGGUUGACGAGGCUGAGGCGCGCGUGCUUGCGUAG